AUGCGGUGUCUCGUGGUGCUCCUUGCGGUCCUCGCGCUCUCCCAGGGCAGUGGGAUCACCAGGGUCCCUCUGCGCAAAGGCAAGUCUCUGAGAAAGGAGCUAAAGGAGCGUGGGCUCCUGGAGGACUUUCUGCAGAAACAGCCGUAUGCCCUCAGCAGCAAGUACUCCAGCUUCGGGGAGGUGGCCAAUGAGCCCCUGACCAACUACCUGGAUACUCAGUACUUUGGGAAGAUCUACAUUGGGACCCCGCCCCAGGAGUUCACCGUGGUGUUUGACACCGGCUCCUCCAACCUCUGGGUGCCCUCUGUCUACUGCAAGAGCGAUGCCUGCCAAAACCACCACCGCUUCAACCCGAGCAAGUCAUCCACCUUCCAGAACCUGGACAAGCCCCUGUCCAUCCAGUACGGCACGGGCAGCAUUCAGGGCUUUCUGGGCUACGACACUGUCAUGGUCGCCGGCAUCGUGGACGCCCACCAGACCGUGGGCUUGAGCACCCAGGAGCCCAGCGACAUCUUCACCUACUCAGAGUUUGACGGCAUCCUGGGGCUGGGCUACCCCGAGCUUGCCUCUGAGUACACGGUGCCUGUGUUUGACAACAUGAUGCACAGGCACCUGGUGGCCCAGGACCUGUUUGCGGUUUACAUGAGCAGGAAUGACGAGGGGAGCAUGCUCACGCUGGGGGCCAUUGACCCGUCCUACUACACGGGAUCCCUGCACUGGGUUGUGCCUGUGACCAUGCAGCCUGUGACCAUGCAGCUGUACUGGCAGUUCACCGUGGACAGUGUCACCAUCAAUGGUGUGGUGGUGGCCUGUGAUGGUGGCUGUCAGGCCAUCCUGGACACGGGCACCUCCAUGCUGGCUGGACCCAGCAGUGACAUCCUCAACAUCCAGAUGGCCAUCGGAGCCACAGAGAGCCAGUAUGGCGAGUUUGACAUCGACUGCGGCAGCCUGAGCAGCAUGCCCACCGUGGUCUUUGAGAUCAGCGGCAGAAUGUACCCCCUGCCCCCCUCCGCCUACACCAACCAGGACCAGGGCUUCUGCACCAGUGGCUUCCAGGCUGACAGUAAGUCUCAGCAGUGGAUCCUGGGGGUUGUCUUCAUCCAGGAGUAUUACAGCGUCUUUGACAGAGCCAACAACCGCGUGGGGCUGGCCAAGGCCAUCUGA